AAAAAAAAAAAAAAAAAAAUUAAGCUUCGAAACUUUGAGAAAGAAAUUAACUAAGAUGGCAAUUUCAAGAUCAUGCUUGGCUUUGGCUAUGUUAGUAGUAGCCGGAAUACUGGCUUUUUCCGGCGAGCGUGCUUGGGCCGUGAACUGCGAUAAUGAUAUUAUAGGGCUUGCGACGAAAUGUAAGAAAUUUGUUGCUAAAGAAGGAGCCAUUGAGAAACCAUCGAACGAUUGUUGUGCAGUGGUGAAGAAAGCCAACGUGCCAUGCUUGUGCUCACAUGUUACCAAGCAAAUCGAAGAUUUAAUCAGCAUGGAGAAGGUUUUCUACGUGGCUAAAUCAUGUGGCAAGAAAGUUGCUCAUGGAACCAAAUGUGGAAGUUACACUGUUCCACCGUCAUGAAAUGUGGAAGCCAUUGAAUGAUGCAGUCGAUCUUUGUCUUAAUAUAUAUAUAUUUUUUUUGUUUGCGUUUGAGGUUGUGAUUUAUUUUGUCAUAAAUUGAGUCAUUAGCUGUGAUAAAAACUUAUGUAUGGUGCAACUUUAUUUCUGCAAAAUUGUUUCGGCUGUUGAAUGCGAAUUUGGUCCAUUUGCAACUUUAGCAAAGCAUUAAUAAUACAGUAAUUUGCAUUUUUUUUUUUUU